UCCUUUUUAUAAUUAUUCGAGAAGAAUCACUUGUCCCAAACUUUUUCUUAUUUACAUUUUUGCACCGCUAUUCUCCCACUCACCCUCACUGUACGCCUAUAUAAAUGAUUCUCCACCCACACCCUCUCCAUGCAUAUUUAUCUGGGCUGUGUAAUAACAAAACCACACACACACACACACACACACAGAGAAUGGGUGAGAAUUAUUUGAAGCAAGUGAAUGAUUCUUCUUGUGAUGGGGGAUCAAUUUUUGUAGCGAAGACCAUUUCAGAUAUUCUGACAGAGUUGUCAAUGAUUCAUGAUUUCUCCAAGAAAAUGUCGAAGCUUGAUUUUUAUAUCCACUCUUUUCAAGAAGAAAUGAGAAAGAUCCAUGUUUUCCAACGUGAGCUUCCUCUCUCCAUGCAUCUCCUGAAAGAUGCAAUUGAGAGAUUGAAGAAGGAAAGUUUGAAGUGGGAGGAGAGAGAAAGGGUACCAGUGAUGGAGGAGUUCAUACCGCUAAAGAGUGAAUCUUCUUACGAUGAAGGAAGGGCAAAACCGUCAAAUAUCAGUCAACAAGAGGCUAAGAAAUGGAUGAAUUCUCUUCACCUCUGGAUCACCCCUGUUCAGUACGAGGAAGACAACAAUAAUCAACACUCAUCCUUCAAAUCUAAGAACAAAGAAGAGGAAUCCAGUGAGAGCCAGAGCAUAUUCAGGAACAGGGAGGGAGGGGCAUUUUCGCCAUUUAAGAAACCAUCCGGUGUGGGUGUGGGUGUGACAAUUAAGGAAGAGAAAAAGGCGGCGGCUGUUGUCAAUCCAACGGUCCACGGCGGCGGCGGCGGUUUAACGCUGUCGAUUCCAGUGGAGGCUGACGUGGCAGAACAUACGACGACAGCAGCUCAAGAUUCGAUUGUGAAAGAUGCUCCUGAUCAGGGUAUCAUGAUUAAGAAGACGAAACUGAAGGAACCGCACCAGGACGAACAGCAGAGGAAGCAGCGGCGCUGCUGGUCGCCGGAGCUCCACCGGGUCUUCAUAGACGCGCUGCAGCAGCUCGGAGGCGCACAGGUUGCCACACCUAAGCAGAUUAGGGAAGUGAUGAAAGUUGAAGGCCUCACAAAUGAUGAAGUCAAAAGCCACUUGCAGAAAUACAGGCUCCACGUAAGAAAGGUGCCGGAUCCAUCGUCUGCCCCGGCGGCCAGGAUGAAUAUGAUGGGAAUAAUCCCAUGGUUCCGACAAGACUACGAACAUGGAGAAUCGUCCAAUCGAGCAAAGACAAAUUGUUUCUCACCGCAGCAACAUUUGCGUGAUGACAUGGCAGGGGGAUCCACGUCAGCUGCUCAAGUGGGGUCCGCUACAACUACCGAAGAAGGUGAAAGCAUCGAAGAAGCCGAUGAGGAUGAUCAGAAGUCGAAGAGCUGUAGCUGGAAGGGAAAAUCGGCCGAGCACCCGUUUUAGGAGAUUGAAAAGGAAAAAAACAUGGGAUCGGUUUUUUUUUGCAGGUACAAUUAACAUAGGAGAAAUCGAAAUCAUUUACCGAAAAUUCGGAUAAUAAAUCUGGAUAUUUUUAUUGCGGAAUUAUCAUCAAACUAUUUUGGGAGUUUAAGUUUUUGUAGUAUAAAUUUUAUGGUGAAAACUUAAUUUAUGGAUUAAAGUUAUAUGGUUU